GUGGGGCAUUUUUAAAGUUAACUGCAAGCAUAAUUUUUCUACUAAUUAUGAGAUUCCAGUUGAAGGAUCAUAGUGUGAACGUCAUGGAAAUGAAAGCUUUAAAACUUUUUAACUUAUUGUUAGUUAUGGCCUGUCUGGAUGACCAGUCCUUUGCUUAUCAAAGCACAACUCCAAAUUAUUCAUCACAGAAUGAUACCCAUGAACAGACAACUGUAGACUAUGCUUCACGGAUUGACAUCUUUGGUCCGUCUAUGGCUUUACUUGGCUCUAUAAUUGACUUCACUUGCAGUACAACAGGACAUGCACAGGAAAUUGAAUACCAUCUAUUAAGGAAGGGUACUUUGCGGCCCAUGGGAGAAUACAUCUCGACAAAUAAUGUUGCUGAAUUUCCACUUGUGGUGAAAAUAACAUCUGAUGGAGAGUACACAUGUAAAGGAAUAUACAAUUCAACAGGAAAAGUCCAACUGAGUCAACCCAUCUACCUUGCUGUAAUAGUUCCUGUCAAUAGUAUUGCUAUAUAUAAUGAUACUGACCUAGAUGACUUAUGGCAAGGAGAAACACUCACGAUGCACUGUUAUGAAGGAAAUGCCACUUAUGUCAAAUUCAAAUGGUAUUUUAAUAAGAAAUUGUUGGAGCAAUCAGAAGAAGUCAUAUUUCUCAAUAAUUCACUGAUUAUUAAUAACGUGCAAGUGAGACAUUCGGGGAUGUAUCAUUGUCAGGCUUGCAAUGAGUUCAACCAGACAAGUUUCACUUUUUCAAGUUCUGCACUCAAUGUGACCGUGAAAGAGUUGUUCCCAAUUACCACUGAAGAAAUUGCAGUGGGGUUUGCUUGUUUUCUGAUACUAGUGAUACUGCUCACCACAUGCUUUCUGAUUGGCUUUAAAAUGAAACGAAAGAAUAAUAUAUCAAGCCAGCACUGAAUUAUCAAUUUACACGCUACUGCAGACUCUCACCUCCAUUGUUGGAACAGAAGAACUAACUAUAGAGACCAAGGGAUUUUUACAAACUUCUUUCUUUCCAAUAUCAUGCCUGUGAAAAUCUAUGGAACAAUUCCUGGGUUUGGGACCAGUAAUACCAAAAAAAAAAAAAAUGCAAAUUUUUUUCAUAACUACAAAUAAAAACCACACAGUAAUUUGUUUUGUACAGUACAAUGCUAUAUAGUUGUAAAAUGUUAGCACUGCAUUGGCUUCUAUUCUUUUAGCAGAGCUUUCAUGAGAGGGGUUUCAUUUGGCUUGACUUUCCUAUUUCUUUGUUUUAUUUUACACACUUUCAUUAUUAAAGGUGUUAGAUUUAAUAUAUAUCAGCUGAAUAAAUCUUGUGAUAAAACAUAA